AUGAGAUACCUGGGGAGUUGCUGUGCGUUCAGGGCCUCCUGGGGCCAGGCCAGCGUGCACACUCCUGCUCCUUGGUCCAGGAAGAGCUGCCUCCCUGUCAGCACAUCUCAGGCUCCAGUGAAUCCCCCCUGCCCCAGGCCCCCACCUCUCCAAUGCAGGCAUACCCCUCCUGCAGUCACCACCUGUGCCUACUUGCCCCCCUGCCUGCCCCUGCCCCGGGAGAGCAGAACCCCAGCACUUCUGGGUACAAGUGGAGCAGAGUCUGAGAACAGCCUCUUCGCAGAUCCUGCUAUCCAGAACAUGGAGAAUCAGGCUGACGAUGGCCCCAGGGAGGUUCCACACUCUAUGGUCAGGGCUGGACAGCCAGCAGGCCAGCUCCACAGUGGAGGGGUAUGCCUGCCCAGCUCCUCAACCCUGCUAGGGCCUUGCACCGACACAUCCGCCAUGAGUGGGGCCUCCUGGAAGUAA